AUGAUCCGAUUUCAGCGAUACUACCGCCAGUUUGCCAGAGAAACGAUUCGAGCAUCGCGCUCUAGCAAAGUUCUCCAUUUCGACUUUCAGACGAUGGUGGAAGGUGCCGGAGGCUACAAGUACGUCCUGGUCAUUACAGACGGCAUGAGUGGGUUCGUUGAGCUCAUUGCCUUCGCUCAAGCCCCCCUCAGACAACGUCUACGCGAGGUUACUCGACUGGUUCAAGCGCUCUCCCCAGUAUCAUCCCAACUCCGAAGUAUUUUGCACCCACGAAGUUCUGGCGACGCUACCAUCGAGUCGGUCGAUGAGGAGACUCGCAAGCAUAUCGACAACGUAGGCCUUGCUUUUAAAGGAAUGCACCGUGCGCUGGUUGACACAAGUGACCCAACUGGCCGAACCUCUGCCCCGACCAGUGAAGACUUCGACGCUACGCGAGGCGACGUCGAAGACCUAAACGAAGAGGCCGACGCGCGAGGUGCCGACGCCUUUGAAGACGCCCGCGAGGAAAUACGGAUAGUCACGAAAACCCAAUUGGCAGCAAAAGCUCCGUCAAUGUCGGACACUAGCAUGGAAUCAGCCCCUCCUUCGCCGAAGAAACCCAAAAUUAAGGAUGUGCGCUGCUCAAACUUCAAGGGAAACGAGGGUUACCCUGGUUUAGGCGCCGGAUUUGAAAACUUUAUUCAUGAGUUCGAACACGCAAUUCGAGCCGAAGGGCUGGUGAAUGGCUCAACCUGGACCAACGACCUUAAGGCGUCGGUGAUCGUUAACUAUCUCAAAGGUAAAGCGUCCAGGUAUUACCAUAAGAAAAGCUCAGAGUGGCAACGACGUCACGACGGUGAAAACAUGCCAUAUUCAGAGGUGAAGCGCGCGAUGCGUGCAGAAUUUGGCUGUAAGCUAAGCCAACUGGAGCUCAGCACCAAGAUGCGUUGUAAUAAACGAGAAAGUGACUCGUGGCACGAUUACUUAGAGUAUUUGAACUUUAUUGAAGGACUUAUGGAGGGAGACCAGACGAAGUUAGUGAUGGAAGUCUUUGGUAACCACGCAUGCCCUGAGCUCGCAGCUACACUUCUGGCGGCCGUACCUGAAGACACUACGGAUUAUGCUACAGAAAGCGACCGCAUGAAGCGAUUACUGUACAAGCUUAGAGGCGAUUGA